AUGCUGCUCGCGUCUCUCCUGCUCUUCACUUCCCCAGCGGAAGCCCAGCUGUCGAGUAACUUCUACGACUCGUCCUGCCCCAACGCACUCACCACCAUCCGCUCCGGCAUCCAGGCCGCCGUCCGAACCGAGCAGCGGAUGGCCGCCUCCUUAAUCCGCCUCCACUUCCACGACUGCUUCGUCCAGGGCUGCGACGCCUCCAUCCUCCUCGACGACACACCUUCCUUCACCGGCGAGCGAACCGCCCGUCCCAACGCCAACUCCGUCCGCGGCUACGAAGUCAUCGACGGCGUCAAGUCGCAGCUCGAGAGCCAGUGCCCGGGGGUCGUCUCCUGCGCCGACAUCGUCGCCGUGGCAGCCCGCGACGCGUCCGAAGCAGUAAAUGGUCCCACGUGGACGGUCAACCUGGGGAGGAGGGAUUCGACCGACGCCAGCAGAGCCGCCGCCGAAUCCGACCUCCCAGGGUUCAACGACCCGCUCGACAGGCUCGUCGAGCGGUUCGACACCAAAGGGCUGAGCGCCAGGGACAUGGUGGCCCUCUCUGGGUCCCACACCAUCGGCCAGGCCAGGUGCGCCACGUUCCGCGGCAGGAUUCACAACAACGCCUCCGACAUCGACGCCGACUUUGCCGCCACGAGGAGGCAGCAGUGCCCCUCGGCCGCCGGCAACGGCAACGACAAUCUCGCGCCGCUGGACUUGGUGACGCCCAACUCGUUUGACAACAACUAUUUCAGGAAUCUGGUGGAGAGGAGGGGCCUGCUUCAGUCCGACCAGGUGUUGUUCAGCGGCGGGUCCACCGACGGUAUCGUGGAUGAGUACAGCAGGGACCCCGCCGCUUUCAGCUCCGACUUCGCUGCCGCCAUGGUCAGGAUGGGCGACAUCGAGCCGUUGACGGGCUCUCGGGGAGAAGUCCGGCGGGUUUGCACCGCCGUCAACGCCGCAGCUUGA